CAAAACAAGCCGCGGCCGCCGUCCCGACUCCAUCCCACUCCUUCCACGAUCCCAAAUUCGCCGAAGCACCAAUGUAGCCAUGGCGUACGACUCCCGCUACAACACACAACGGUCGUCGGCGCAGGGAAGACCUGGUGCACGCCGCUACAUCUUCCCUCCAACCCCGCCAUCCCGCUCUUCCAACUCCCACGGCUUCUUCACUUACUGGCUUCCCAUCCUCGUCACCGGCACCAUCGCCGUAGGCGGCUUGGCGGCAUGGAUCUGGAGCGAGAGACAGGAGCACGACGACGAUGACGGCUAUCCACACGAUAAACCUCCGCGACCCCGGCCGGGUUAUGGCCAGGAAUAUACCACGCAAGGUAGUCAGCCUUAUCCUGGACCGCCGCGACCGCCUGGUUCUCAACCAUACGGACAAGGUCCUCCUCCACCGUCACAAGGUGGCCCACCUCGGCCGCCGCCACAAGGUCCUACAUCUGGUGGAGAGGCGGCUAGUUAUUACGAUCAGUACCGCCAUACCAGCACUGAAAGCCGCGAUGUGACACAGCAAGGCGGAGAGGACGGCACAUGGUAUGGUAGUGUGAGAGGAAUGAUGAAGCGUGCUCCAUCGCCGGGAGAGUUCUACAACAGCGCCAGCAAGCAGAUGUCCGCCGGUGUGGCCGCGAUGGGGGGAGCGUUGGGUUCGAUCAUGGAGGGCGGCGAAGGCGCCGAUGGAUCUCGUCCUGGUGAUGCAGGUCGUCAGAAGCAGCAGCGGAAUCGUGAUCGAACCACGCGAGUGCGGACGGAGGAGAAGGAGGGGUUCAGCGAUCAUGAACGCUGGAGCGAAGAAGCGGAUGAAAAGCAGCGGACUAGCGUUGUGGAGCAGGAAAGCGAGAAGCGCGCAAUGGAUGCGCGCGACAAGGGGAAGGGCCGAGCGAAGAAGGCGGUCGCCGUGGUCGUCAGCGCAGACACUGCGGCCGAGCACGACACCGAAGCCAUCGGCUUUCGAUCCAUCCUCUCCCACCUUCCCUCCCAACGCACCUCCACAACAACAGACCUCUUCGUCCUAAUCUACGCCCCAGGCCUCAAAUCCCUGCCUCCCCUAUCCUACCAACCAACAACAGCCCAACCGCAAUCCACCACCGCAACAACAACACCAGCCACAACCCCCGGCUCCGAACUGCAAACCAUCUCCCCCCGCCCCACACCCGCCGACUCCCCCUCCCCACAAUUCGACGCAGUCUACGCCCAAGCCCUCACCCUCGUCUCCUCCCCAACCCAAAUCCUCCCCUUCACCACCAAAGACGGCUACGUGCAUAUUCUGCGCCACUUGGCGCCUGGGCUCGUGUACGUCAGCGACACGCUAGCGGGCGACGAGGGCGAGGAUGUAGCGCAGCUCAAGGGGUGGGUCGGGCACACGGUUCUUGUGGCGGGCGAUGAGGGAUUUGGGGGCCUGGCGGAUACGGAGACCGAGACGGAGACGGAGGCGGAGGAGGAGAGUAAGGGCGGUAAUAAUGUGAGGAAGAAGGAAAGGAAGCCAAGGUGGUAUGAGAGUAGUAGUUUUGUCGGGCUGGGAAAGGAUGUGGAGGUUGUGGAUGCCAUGCGCGUUGCGCAGGAUUGGGAGAAGAGGGUGGGUGGGCGGGAGUAG